AUGUCAAAGUUGCCUGUGCUGGUCAACAGCAAGUAUGUGAUUUGUGCCAUGCGCCUGGUCACAUUGCGCGAGCUUGUCCCCUUCGUGAUAAGUGCUUCCAAUGUGGGCCGGAGGGCCAUUUCUCUCGUGCCUGCACCUCAGCAGGUUGGCUAUCGCGACCGUGAUGCUGUGCUGGAUGCAUCCGACCCCACCCCUGCGGAGGCUGCUGGUCGUUCUGCUGCCGGAAACGAUCCACCCGUGACUGAUGCUGUGCCCGAUGGUGAUGCCGACUCCCUAGAUGGGGUGUCCGUGUCUUCUGCUGUAGUUGCUGCUGCUGGUCCUGCCUCGGUCUCCCAACCAGAUGCUGACCUCGACUCCGAGUCUGAUGAUGACCUCACCCCCUCCGUCUGGUUCAUCGUCUAUGGAUUGCCGUGAUAACCAACUGGAUGAGUUAAGCAGCCAGCCCCUUUUCACCCCUUCUGCUUCGUCUGUUGCAGACCCUGAUUCGCUGCACGGGGUGACCAUUGAUUCGGCCUGUCCUGACUCUUCUGCUUCCCCACCCUCCCCUGGCCAGGUCUCCCUUCACAGCACGUCUAAUCUUGGGUUGUUAGAUAAACUUAAGUCUAGAGUUGGACUUAAUAAAAAGAAAGUUAAUUCUAGUGAUAAUAAUAGUUCUAGCAGCAAUAAUGAUAUUAGUAAUGGCAAUAUGAAUGGAAAUAAACAUAGUGAUAAUGACAAGGGUACUACCGAUAAGAAUGGAAAUAAACAUAGUGAUAAUGGAAAGUUACAUAAUAGUAAAGAAAGUGAUAUUAAUGAUAAUGUAGAGUAUAUUGGCCAGGGUGUUCUCCCUGGUCGGGAAAACAACAGCAAGAUGGAAUUGGCGGUUGAUUCACAAAAACGGUCACACACUGAUUCCGAUUCUGUUGAUUCGGUUGAUAGUAAUUCUUUUGCUAUGCCUAUGGUGCCCUCCCCUUGCUCUUCUAAAAAGAAGCCGGCUGUUGUUGUUUCCCCCGGCACUUCUAGGCCUGUUGCUGUUGAUCAUGACCGCGACCGUAGUCACAGCAGAUCUCCUAAACGUUCCUAUUCUGCUAGUCGGCCUCUCUCUUCUGGUUCACAUGCUCUGCCUCCUAGCAUUGGUUAUGUUCCGAAUCCUCCUAGGAGCUCUAGUGGAUCUCGAAGCUCCAAGGCGAAGUAACCACCCUCUUUCUUCAUGGCUUUAGCAAUAAUACAAUUAAACACAAACGGUAUUAGGAAUCCUGACAAGCGUGCUGGUCUCUUGUUUGUCUCCAAGAGACUCACUGUGUUAGUGACGUCUAGUGUCAGUCCUGGUUUCGUUCUUCUGCCUUUCAUUGUGUUGUGUCUCCUGGUUCUCAAAAGUCCUGUGGUUGUAUCAUUCUUUUUCGCCCUUGUCUGUCCCUUGUCAAUUUUUCGUCUGAUGAUGCUGGUCGUUUUGUGCUGUGUGAGUUCCGUUUUCAAGGCAAAUUGUUUGGUGUUGUCUCCUUGUAUGCGCCCAAUCGUAACCCUGCAAGGGACCAGUUUCUUGAUCAAGUUUCCUCUUGGGUCGAUCCAGCAGUGCCCACUGUCAUAUGUGGCAAUUUCAACACAGUUUUUGAUCGUUCGCUUGACCGUACUGGAUCUGUAGUUUCUGACACCUCCAGGGAUAGUACUUCCACUCUCUCUCAUCUGUUUGAUGACAGCUGUGUCAUUGAUAUCUGGCGAUAUCUACAUCCCUCCUCCUCAGGUUACACUUGGAUGCAUCUGGACGGCUCUGUCUUCUCUCGUAUCGACCUCGUUGGUUGUCCGUAUGUGUGGGUCCCCUCCGUCUCGUCGUGUGAAAUUAUUCUGUGUCCCUUCUCUGACCAUUGUGCUGUCCUUUUGUGUGUCACUGUACCGGAUGUUGUUCCCCCGGGUCCCAGGUUGUGGAAACUAAACACCUCUAUCCUGGAGGAGUCGGAUUAUGUCCGUCAAAUUGAAAUUCUUUGGUCCCGCUGGCGUGACCAGAAGGAGCGUUUCCCCUCCUUAGCUAAGUGGUGGGAGGCAAGCAAGUCCCGCAUUAAGGAACUCUCCAUUAAUUAUUGUUGUGCCAAGUCAUCGGACAAUGCUGUGGACAGACCUUCUUUCCAGGCUCGCUUCGCACCUUAA